AUGAGUGUGAAAUCAAUAUUCACCGGACUUGGAUUUGAUUGGUUGUCCCAAAAAUAUUUCAAGGACGGUGGGCUUCAAAAAUAUGAGUAUUUCUUCUUGAUAUUCUCAUUCCUGAUGAAGCGUAAGCUAUCUGAUGAUGGUGUUACCAGCCCCCAAAAAGUUAUGAAGGUAUCCAGUAUACCUGAAAUGAAAACAGUAUGUGAUGCUCUUGAAUAUCUGUUUAGUCUAUAUCCUUCUAUGAACUCAAAAAAUCUUGGCCGCCCAAUCGUUUUGAAGUCACAGUUAUACACUCUUGUAAAUAAUCGGAACAAAGUAGAAUCUCAACUGUCAGAUAUGCAGACAUCUCAAAGAAUACGUUUAUUAAACAUUGACGACCAAAUCGAUGAUUCCGUUGGUAUAAUGAAAUCUGAUGAUUUUGUAAAUUCUUUCAGAGAUUUUUCUAUUGAUGAGUCAAAUAUUUUAGAACGAUUUGCGGAAUUCACUAGUCAAAAGUAUCAUUAUUUAAGCUUAUGUAAAAGUGUUGCAUCGGAGAAUUUUUCGGAUAAUGAGAUAAGCAUUCUAAUACAAAAUGGAGCUUUAACCAUCAAAUCCGAGAACAGUUGGUACAUUUCCACUCCAUAUCUUGGUGCAUUUAUUCGUGCCUACAAAGCUGGUCAACGGGGUUUAUUAACAAUAAUUAAGAAGACGCGAUUCAAAGAAUUAUUGCUAUCUGAGAUUUUUCAUCGAAACCUGGGUAAAGGUGCUUAUCUAGGUCAUAUGUAUCACUUACUCGCUCAUUUAGGAGCUGGAACUUUGAAUUCGAUUCAAACUAGCUCUGGUUUGCUUAUCAGAAUGUAACGCUUCAAGAAAAAGUGAUUAAAUUUAUACGACAUAUUCGACUGGUUCUACUUUGACAAAUUAUUAGGAAAUUAACUUCACUGUUUCGGUUUCUACUUUUGGUAUAAUAUAAAAAAUGUUACUUUCUAUAUUUGUGUUGGUAAAAAAGUAAAUCCAUUUUAUAUUGUAAUUAGCUUUUGUUUAAGAUGAACAUAGAAAACCCAACGUAGUAAACUUUCGAAUAGUUAUUUAAAGAUCUUGUAAGAAACUGUGAACUAUCGGGAUGAAUGAAUUAAACACAUUUAAUGAAGAUGCCAGAUUGUUUUAGCUAUGCAACUGCUUUCAUUUUAGCUAUAUCUAGAUUUUAUUUGAUGUCAUUUAUCACCUAUUUUAUGUUUUAACUCUUAUCUUUGUUUAGUUAUUAUUAAAAAGGUCAGUAUCCUUCUG